AUGGAGCCGGCUCCUGAUGAGACUUCACAACCGAGCCAGCAGCCCGGAAGUCGGUUGAUACUGACAGGGCUGGCUGACUACAAUGCACGAUCUUCUUCUCAAAGCCGGGAUGCGCAUUCCACGCCUGAGCAGUCUGACAAUGUCGCCGGCCCAACGCCAGUACAGCAGCAACAUCAAGGAUACAAUACAAACCCCAAAGUUGCAAUCCCCAGACACCGCGCUAGCACCAGUUACCGGUACAGUCGCCGUGUCGCAAAAGCGUGUGAGUCUUGUCGACAGCGGAAAACCAAAUGUUCUGGUGAUACUCCGGUUUGCAGACAAUGUCGGGAGCUUCGGGCGAAAUGCCAAUAUCCGGAUGGGAUGAGGGAAAAGACGAAGAGGCAUAUGGAAGAACUAUCCUCAAAAGCAACGGAUUAUGAAUCCCUCUUGAGAGACUUACGCUCAUCAGUCGACGACGUCCUAGCGGGUCGCAUUGCAACGACACUCGCUAAAUAUUCAGCAGACGGGGAGCGAAAGGCGACAGAUCCCCGUUCUUCAUCCUCACGAACUCCUCUCGAUGACGCCGAUCUCGAGCCGUCAUCCCCGUCGUCCAUCGGGUCUUUAGAAGCGAUCGACCGUGUAGAAGAGGAUCUCAACAGAGGGGAAAAUGCUAGGGCAACGGGGUACAUUGGCAAGAAUUCCGAAAUCAGCUGGAUGCAGCGCGUGCAGAGAGAGGCCGUGCAACGAGCUAGAAAGGAGCCCGGUAUGUACGAGGGUGAGCCGCAGGAACUUCAAUACGAAGACUUUUCCAUCAAUAACGUAAGCUAUCAUCUGGAUGAUUUGGAUAUCAGUAUUUCGGGUCCAGUCGACAUGUAUCGCAUGCCGUUUCGUGGUCAUGCCGAACGUCUUUUUGAAGACUAUCUGAUUACUGUGCACCCAUUCUUCCCUAUCAUCAACCGUCCUCUCUUCGCCUCUCAAUUCAAAUAUUUUUUUGAUAACUCGGCUCGGCCAGGUGAUAGAUGGCUGGCCAUAUUAAAUAUGAUUUUUGCUAUCGCGGCCAAACAUGCUCAUCUGGCGCAAAUGCCUUGGAAGGGAGAUGAUGCCCAAGACCAUCUAUUGUAUUUCACACGCGCCAGGUAUCUCAGCAUGACGGGCGAUGAUCUUUUCACACACCCUGAUCUUCAACAAGUUCAGCUAGAGGGCCUUAUGGCCUUUUAUCUCCUAUCAACAGAUCAAAUUAACAGAGCCUGGAGAAUUUCGAGUCUUGCCAUCCGUUCUGCUAUAGCUCUUGGUAUCAAUAUGAAGAGUUCGAGCCAAACAACAACCGAUAUUUCCAAGGAAUCUCGUUAUCGUGUUUGGUGGUCGCUUUACUCCUUCGAGCAUCUGCUUGGUGUGAUGACAGGCAGAGCGACUUGCAUCCUUGAUGGAGUGUGCACAACACCUAUGCCAAUACCCUUCGAGGAAGAAAAGUUUAAUGAACCCGAAGCUCAGCAGAUAUUGAGCAAUCUUUCUCUACGCGACGAGCGGAUCCAGAAUGCGGUUGCAAGCUACUUGAUCAGGCUAAUGCCUCUCAACCCCCUAGAUGGCAAGGAGUCUGACGGAGUUGACAAGCUUGAGAAGAAGACUGAACGGUCCGUAUGGAUACGAAGUAUCCCUUUCAACAUGGGCCUACUUUUUCUGCUAUACAUCGAUCUUACAGUUAUUACCCAGGAGAUUGUGAACAAGGUGUAUACAUCAGAUGCAGUCAAAGUGCCUUGGGCUCAUAUCGAAAAUCGAAUAGGCGACCUGAAAGCACGGAUUGACUUGUGGUACAAACAGCUUCCAGGUCCAUUCAGUUUCACCCAGAAGGAUGAUAGUAGCUCGCCUGAGCAAGUACGAGCAAAGCUCAGCCUUGCUUUUCAGUAUUAUAGCGCUCGAAUUACACUUGGCCGACCAUGUCUUUGUCGACGUGACGCUAGUUCCAACAACUCCAUUUCAUUUAGUCACAAAAUGGCGCUGGUCUCGCUUGAGGCUGCUAUGCGAAUGCUAGAUUUGAUUCCAGAUGCUCCUGAUCCAUGUCGGCUUUACCAGCUGGCUCCGUGGUGGUCCAUACUUCAUUUUCUGAUGCAAGCAACUACAGUUCUUCUAUUGGAACUAUCAUUCGCCAACGUCCACGCACCUGAAGAAGAAACAAAUACCUUCCAUGCUACCAAGAAAGCUAUUUGUUGGCUGUAUGCAAUGUCAGAGCAUAGCACAGCCUCAUAUCGAGCAUGGCAGCUUUGCGAUAGUUGUAUGCGGCGAAUAGCUGUUGGCAUGAAUUACGACGUCAGCGACCUGCCAUCUUCACCUAAUGAGGCCGCGAUUUCCCAGCAGAAAAAACCUCAGGAACGGCAGCAGCAGCAGCAGCUUAACAGUGUUGGUGUGACAGGUGAUAUGCCGCAGACUACUACUGUCACUCAUUUUCCCUCGACCGAUGGUGAGGCAGAGUCUUUUGAGUGGAAUACUGGAAUGGAGCCCCUAUCUACACCACAAUUCGAUGGCGCCAAGCGUCGAGAAAUUCUCGGCGAUCUUGAAUUAGAACAGACGGCUUCCGUGAGUGCGGCGGAGUUAGUGACUUAUCCCAUGAGCUUUUCGCCUUUCAUGAUGGAAUUUGCUGGUGCAAGCGGUCCUCCAACCGCGGACUCACACUUCCCUUAUGAUCCUAUAAGUGGCCAAUUUAUGGGCUCAUUUUUCCCGAAUCCCGGGGAUGACCAGCAGAAUUGGGACAACUAG